CAUUUGUUUUUUUUAUAAUGCAGAAAUCUGUUAUCAUUUUCUUUCAAGUAAAGUUAAAGUUGGAAAUCAAAAAUAAAGCCUAGCAGUUUAUUCACAAUGUUUUAACAAAGAAAUUGAAACCUAAUUUCAUAUUUCACAGAGAAAUAAUAUACGUUGUAAUUUACAGUAGAAUUAAACUGGUGAUGACAUUAUUAUUUUACUUUCUUUUUGUUUUGUUUUGGGAAUUAUUUUUAGGUUACAGCCCAGCUUUCAGAUGAGAAUACUGAACUAAAUAUGAAUUUAAGAGAACUUCAAGAAAAAGUUGCCAGACUAAAAGGUGACCUUGAUAGAGCUACCAAGGCAUUAAAGAAGCAGUCAACAUCCCAAAAAAGCAACAUUACCACAGUGCUGGCACCACCUACAUUAAUGGGAAAGAAAUCAGCAGUGAUGGUCGCUGGAAUUAAGGAGGUUGUUAAACCAGCUUCCUUAAAAGCAGACAAAUCUGAUUCAACUAACAAGGGGAAAAAACUCAAGCUGACUUUGUCUGGUGUCAUAGGGGAGUUCCUUGAUGGUGAGGUUCCAGUGCAUGAAACCAGUAGUGAUGCAACCUUGUUAAGGUCCUGUAUCAGGGACCAGAGAGAGGCUCUUAAGAUUCUGGCACAGGAAGUGAAAAGGCUGCAAAGCCAAGAGAUAAACUUAGAAGAUUCCUUGAAAAAACAGACCAGACAGGUUGUAACACUUAAGGAUGAAAAUGAUGAUUUGAGAGACAAGAUGGCUGAUAUAGAGUUAGAACUGGAGAAAUAUUCUUGUAGAAGUUUAGAAGCUAGUUCUAAACAGAUGAAAUGUCCUAGAUGUAAACAAUCAGAAAGUAGCCAUGUGUCUGCUGUAGUGUCUGUUGGCAGCAAUAAAGAUGAUGAAAUAAAUAAGUUAAAAGAUAAAUUGACAUACUUCCAAAAGAGUCUAGCUGAUACAGAACUUAAGCUGAGUGGUGCUUAUAAAGAAAUCUCUGAGUUAAGGUUACAACUGGCAUAUGAACCACAGAUGUAUCUUUUUACUGAACUUGUAGUAACACCUGUUUGUUUACUGUAUUUCUUAGAAAAAGUUCUGUAA